AUGAAGAAGUACCUCCUGUAUAUGGUUCAGAUUCAUUUGAAUUUUAGAAGAGCGGAACUAGAAUCGUUGGCAGACCUAUAUAAUCUUUCUAUAGACUUUUCCCAGUAUAAUUCCGAAAGCCCUUUUUUUAUUGUAGAGCUGGAGAAUGACCAGCAAGCCAAGGACUGGAUCAAGAGGUCUGUAUUAACCAGAGGUAUUUACGAAUACUGGGGUCAGGGUGUAACGCUCGAUGAUUUGCAUCAGGAUAUUCAGCUUCAAUCUAACUUUGCGCAGGAUCUGCAAUCAAAAUUCAAACAUUCUACCUUUAAAUUUGAAUUCGAAUGCUAUAAAGGUAACAGUAAAGCCAACAGGAUAAAGCAGAUUGAGACUUUUCGUUAUCUUGAUUUUGAAGGGAAGAUUGAUAUGAAACACCCCCAAGAAGUUUUCACUGUAAUAGAAGAGUACACGCCCAUAUCGGAAAACGUUGGUGGUAAGACCCCCACUAGAAUUUUCUUUGGUAGAAAAGUCCAAAUUAGCAAUAGAAGUGCCAUGGAAAAGUACGAUUUGAAAAAAAGGCCUUACAAAGGCACGACUAGUUUUGAAGCAGAAUUAUCAUUGGUUAGUGCGAAUAUAGCUCAAGUAAAACCGGGCACUGUAAUGUAUGAUCCUUUUGCAGGUACUGGAUCCUUUUUAGUAGCUGGUGGACACUUCGGAUCUUUGGUGAUCGGCUCUGAUAUUGAUGGCAGAAUGAUUCGUGGUAAAGGUGCCCAAGUGAACAUUUCAGCAAACUUCAAAAAAUAUGGUGAAAGUUCUCAAUUCCUCGACGUGUUAACCAUGGACUUCACUAACAAUGCAUUAAGAAGCAACCUUGUUAUUGAUACAAUAUUAUGUGAUCCUCCUUAUGGUAUAAGAGAAAGUAUUAAAGUCCUGGGUGCUAAGGACCCGGAAAGGUUCCUCGGUAAGGAAGACGUGGAAAUUGACGGUGAAAAAGCAUACUUACGCCGUGAUUAUAUCCCAACCAAAAAACCAUAUGCUUUAGAUUCAUUACUGGACGAUCUUUUACAAUACGCUUCUGAAAGAUUACCAGUCGGCGGAAGGUUAGCCUUCUGGAUGCCCACUGCCAACGAUGCCAACAUUGAAACUAUUGUUCCCAUGCAUGAGAAUCUAGAACUGAAAUACAAUUGCGUUCAGGAAUUUAACAAGUGGUCAAGAAGGCUACUGGUAUAUAUAAAUAGAGGCAACGCUUUUAAUGGACCAAGUAAUCAUGGAGUAAAACGUUCGAAGGAUAAUUUCAGGGACCGAUAUUUUAACAACUUCAAUUGA